AGAGCAUCAAGCAUGUCCUUCUUCACGCCGCCGCUAAAGCAGAAAUCUGCGCAUGCGCAAGCACAUGAUGCGGUGUCGUUCACGUUGAGUCAAGGCAAGAAAAAGCGCUCGAUGAAGCAGCUCAACAUGGCCGACGACGAUGAAAACGACCCCAAGGUGUUUACUGCGAUCAACUCACUUGGAAGCAUCCAAGACGACAGCUCAAGUGGUAGCGACAGCGAAUGCGAGGUUUUCUUCGACGCCAAGCCAUCCCAAGCCGACGCAGUGCACGCCCACACCCCCAACAACUUUGCUCUGGACUUUCAGGUGUCGUCUGUGGCCGUGGAUCGCGCGGGACGAUUCGUUGUCGCGGGGUUCAACAACGGCACCAUUCGGCUGUACCCGCUCAGUGGUUGCUCGACUGCGCCAGUCGUCGUGGGGUCGCUCGAGACGGACGCCACGGCGUCCAUUGACGAAAACAAGCUCGUGUUCCGCAAGGGGGUCGUGCUCGAACACAUUUCAGCCAGGGGCAUGUACACGCAACUUCGAGUGAAUGUGGUCAUUCCAGAUGACGGACGGUUCAUCUUUGCCGGCGUGUACCGCGGGUCCACGGAAAUCCUCGUGAUAGACAUCGACUCGAUUCGACUACCCACGGACGUCGUGGGGGUUCCCACGGCCGAAGUCAACACGCACUCGUAUAGCGACGCCAAGCUUCGAGGAUUCGGCGCUGUGCGCGCCAUGCCCAGUAGCCAACCCUCGUCACUUGUCACGACAGAGUACCAAGUCCUGUGUGGUCUCGGCAUCAAGAACUUGCACCUGUGGCGGUUUUACUGGGACCCUACUUGCCGCGACGACGACUCCAAGUGGACGUGGCAGUGCAUAUUCGACCGCCAAACCAAUGGCAUUUCACUAGAGUAUUUGGCUUUCGGGGCAGCCCCGAAUCAAAUCAUUUCCAAGUCGGAGCACCAAUCCAUACGCGUGUGGACGAUCGACGAGACGGCCGACGCCAUGACGUUUGACUUUGACGACAUCAAGCAAACUCAGGACACGGUGCAAGUGUGCGGACAGUAUGCAUUUGGUGGACAGGAACGUCUGGCCAUGGUGAGCCUCGACACGGCGCAACGCAUUGAGCUGGACCUGCCAUCGUCUGUGGCGCCCACUGCGCGGCCGACCCUCAACAAUCGCAAGCGGCAGCUGCGUACAGUGACCUUGUUGUGCGGCGUUCCCGACGGCAUUACGCUGGGCGUGUGCUCGGACGGAAGCGUAUUUGCACAUGACAUGGCCGGCGAGUCGGGGCUUGGCAUUCAUUGUCCCCCUGCCCCCGUGACGGGCUACGACACAUUCUACAAAGAUCAGCCGUCACCGCUGUUGAGCUUGGUGCCGUGCGACGGAUCGACCACCGAUGACGACGACGGCAAGCAAUGGAAGGUUGUCAUGGCCAACUCGACGCAGCUGCAAGUGUUGUCGCUCAACGAAUUCCUCCACUUGCCACCCACGACCAGAGUCGUGCCGGCGCCAAAGCCACCGAAAUCAGCCCCCCAACGCAAAAAACAACCCUCCAAGAAGCGGGUGCCACCUGUCCAACUCGACCAACAGGUGGACUCGACAAAGGUCAAGAAGGCGGCGCCUGCCACCGUCCAAAGCAAGCCGCCGCAGCCGACCGUACCCCAGUGGAGUUACAACGUCGUGGUCACGUCGACCCCUGACCCCAAAAAGCGCAAAGACGCAACCCCCACACUGCUGCUAACCACCCCCGAGCCCAAGAAGCGAAAGCAGCAGCCAGUUGUAAACUCCGACCUGAUCGUCAACACGAGCGCGGUCAAGCCAUCAGUCGUCACCGCCGAGCCGCGUGAAGAACACACCAAACCGGCAAUUACCCCCCACACUUCCCCAGAGAAACCACCACCGGUCGUAGUACCACGCAUCGUCCAGACCAGCUGCUUGUACCGCACCCCCGAGCCCAAGAAAUCCAAAGCAGCCCAAGUGCUAUCGCCCGUCGUGUCUAUUUCGCCGUCGUCGUCGCCUUGCGUCCGCACGCCGCUCCCGUCGACUCCACCAGCGACAAACAACUGGUCGCCGUUUGUUAUUCCUAAGAAAACCAAGGCGCCAGCGUUCACCCUGGACGAGCCACCACAAUCCAUCGUGACUGUGCCACAGCAAGAAGAAGAACCGACGGCGCCCAAAUCCACUGGGAACGCCCCCGUCGGAGUGCAAUGCCCAUCGCCGCUUCUGCCCCAUGUCGAGCCCGUGAUUUCCACACCUGCAACGGCCCGCGAGCCAAAGUUAUCGCCAACAGUUGCCAGCCUCGCCACCACCCCCCAUCCCAUUAUUCCCCACGACAUGUCAGCAGCAUCACCGCCGCCACCACAUUCAGACCACACGGUCAACACGUGCGGGGUGCGGCGCCGGUCCUUGUUGAUGCAAGUCACGACUCUGCAACUGGACGAUCACCUGGAUGCCAAACGACCUCUCCCCACGGACGUGGCCGUCGCUACUACCCAGCGCUUUGCCAAGGAACGCUCGGACCUCAUGAGUUCGUUUCAAGGCGCGCACCGCCAACUCGUUCGACUCGUGUGCACGCAAAUGCAUCGCCAACAGGACCCUGUGUCGAUGGAUCGCAUCGACCUCGACGCCGUGCGCGAGAAGUUCCAACUGGACGUGAGAAACUUGCUGGGGAUGCAGCAACUCGAAGCGGAUGCGCUGCAUGCGUCGCACGUGAUGCAGUGGAGCGUGCUCGGUCUGGACGGCUUCGACAUGCCGCGGCUGGUUCCGACUUUUCCUGUCCCCCGGCUCUUUGGCUAAGCCCAAUGGCGGCGUGUAACUUAAUAUGACGAAAACAACCCGUGGCGAUAAUAAUACUCAUAUCCAACGACCACAACGGGCCCCAUUAUUGUACUCUAUUGUGUGUAAAACCCAUUGUAAUCCAACCGCGU